UUGAAUUUUCAAUCAAAAAAAUUCGGGAAAAAACAAUAAAAUGGAUAAAGAAUCAAUCAAACGUCAACAUAUCGUAAAUAUAUUGAAAAAUCUUAAUUUCGAAUCAUUUUUGAAAAAAUAUUCACCAAAAACUGUUAUAACAAGCCAAUCAUUUGAUAAACUCACGACAUUACAAUUCAAUUUAUUUUGUUAUUUUCUUUUUUUUCGUAUAAAUCCGGAAUCAUGUCAUUUACGUUUUCGUGGUGUAUUUCCAUCACGUGAUGUACAACAAGAAUCAGAAUUUCGUCGUCUGGCCAUUGAAACUAUUAAUGAUUUUGCUGAUCGUAAUCAAGAACGAUUGAUAAAAUUGAAAAAAAUCCCUGCCAUACAUUAUCAACGUUUAUCUGGAAUUGUUUUUGUUGAACAAAUGUUUAAUUUAGCACUUUUUGCUUUAUUCAAAUAUACUUCAAAACAAAAAUUUCAAUCAGCCACCAAAGAAUUGAAUGAAUUUAAUGAUUCGAUUGAUAAACGUGAAGAAUUCGUCCGACAACAAUCUAUUGAUGAAUAUCAAAACGAACUAAAACAAUCGGAAGAACAAAUUUGUUUGUUCAUCAAAGAUUAUCAAGAAAAAAUCACUGAACUAAAUUCCAAACUAUCGAAUUUACAUGAAUAUGGUUGUUCAUUGAAUGAAUUGAAAAUUAUAAAUGAAAAUUUAUCGAUAAAAUUAUCAAAAAUUAAUGAUAAUUUACAAAAAAUGUUAUUACAUUGGAAUGAAAUUCUUUCAUCAAAUGAAUCGAUUCGUUCGUUGACAAAUAAUCAAGAUCAAUCAAAUCUGAUAAAUUUAUCAACAACAUUCAUCUGGAAUCUUAGUGAAUCGAUGAAAGAAUAUGAAAAAUUUGUUCGAAUUGAUAAAUCGAACGCAACGAAAUGGUUACAAACAUUCGAACAUUUCAGUCAAUUAAAUGAAACUGUUCGAAAAAUUGAAACAAAAUUACAGGAAAUUUCAAAAAAAUUUGAAAAAAUUGAACAAGAAAAAAUGGAAAUAUUAUCCAAUGAUUUGGUUAAACAAAUUGGUAAUCAUAUUGAAAAUUAUGUUGAAAAUUUAUUAAAUUUAAAUUUUCAAUUAAAAAUUGAUUAUUGAUGAGGUAGAAAAAUGAAAAUAAAAUGAAUUUUUUUGGUUGAUUUUUACAAAAAUGAAUCGAAUGAUGGUUGUUUUGACUUAGAUGUUUUUCUGGUUUUUUUGAUCUUUUCGAUGAACAAAACGAUCACAAUGAACGUCCACGCCAACGUUUUCGUC